GACGGCCACACAGAUGUGGCCAGAGCAGGGUUGGGUACUUCUGCAGCUGCUGAUGGUGUCUUUGUUGCAAGCUGAGGAGCUGGUAUGUACGCAAAGAGGGGAUGGUGAAAACCCUAAACUGUCUAAGAAUGGGGACAUUAUUUUGGGAGGAAUCUUCUCUUUUCACAGCAACUGGAAAAACAAGAAGGAUACUUUCAUGCACAAACCAUUGGCAUUAGAAUGCACCAGGUUCCUUUGUCAGUUUGCAGUGAGAACUGUCCCCCAGGAACUCACAAGGUUCUGCAGAAAGGAAAACCUGUCUGCUGCUACGACUGUAUACGAUGUGCAGAAGGAGAAUUCAGCAACAUUACAGGCUGAGGAGCCAGUUUGCAGACAGAGAGGGGAUUCUGAAAUCCCUCAACUAUACAAGGAUGGAGACAUUAUGCUAGGAGGAAUCUUCUCAUUUCAUAGUAGCUGGAAAAACCGACAGUACACCUACAUCCAAAAACCACCACCUCUUCAGUGCACCAGACUGAACUUCAGGGGGUUUCAGUUUGCUCAGGCCAUGCUUUUCGCUAUCGAGGAGAUUAAUAACAGCACAGACCUACUGCCUGGAAUCAAACUGGGAUAUAAAAUAUAUAACACCUGUAGCUCUAUCGCAAGAGGAGUGAGGAUGGCACUUGCUUUGGCUAAUGGUAACAAAGAGUCAUUUCUACCCUCUGAGACACCAUGUACCAGACCAGCUCAAGUACAGGCCAUUAUGGGAGAGACAUCCUCCUCUCCUUGCAUGGCUAUAGCUACUGUAAUGGGACCAUUUCAUAUACCUAUGAUCAGCCACUUUGCCACCUGUGCUUGUCUUAGUGAUAAAGUCAAAUACCCAUCAUUCCUCAGAACAAUACCCAGUGACUACUAUCAAAGCAGAGCCCUGGCCCAACUGGUCAAGCACUUUGGUUGGACUUGGGUGGGAGCUGUUAGAACCAAUGAUGAUUAUGGAAAUAAUGGGAUGGCUACAUUUAUAGAAACUGCAGAGCAGCUGGGGAUCUGUCUGGAGUAUUCUGAAGCCGUCUUUAGGACUGACCCACCAGAAAAAAUAAGACAAGUAAUCAAUGUUAUCAUGGCUUCUACCUCCAAGGUGAUUGUGGCUUUUCUCUCACACAAGGACAUGGAUGUGCUAAUACAUUACCUUUCUAAUCACAAUCUGACUGGAUACCAGUGGGUGGGAAGUGAGAGCUGGAUAUUUGAUUCACAAAUUGCAGCUAUGGACACACAUCACAUUCUGGAUGGAGCUAUAGGUCUGUCCAUCCCCAAAGCACAUGUCAGCGGAAUGAAAGAGUUCAUGUUGGAUGUGAAGCCACUCAAUUCUUCCAGUAAUGAAUUAUUUAAAGAAUUCUGGGAAACAUUAUUCAGCUGUAAAUUUAGACAGAACGAUUUAUCUGACAGUAACCAGAGAAAAUGCACUGGAAAUGAAGAUCUGUACGAGAAACACAACAGUUUCACUGAUAUGUCACUCAUGCCCAUCUUUAACAAUGUCUAUAAAGGAGUGUAUGCUGUGGCCCAUGCACUGCAUAAUAUACUUGACUGUAAAAGAAUGUGCAAUAACAAAGUGCAUCCAGAUCCAUUCACUAUUUUACAACACAUAAGAAAGAUUCAGUUCAAAACUAAGGAAGGAGAUGAGGUUUAUUUUAAUGAGAAUGGAGACCCUGCAGCAAAGUAUGAAAUAAUUAACUGGCAGCCCACACAAAAUGAUAUUGUGGACUUUGUCCCAGUGGGUUUUUAUGAUGCCUCUUUACCUGCAGACAGACAACUGAUUCUUGAAAAUAAAACUAUACUUUGGACACAGAACUCACUGCAGGUUCCUCUGUCAGUUUGCAGUGAGAAAUGUCCCCCAGGAACCCGGAAGGUUCUGCAGAAAGGAAAGCCUGUCUGCUGCUACGACUGUAUACGAUGUGCAGAAGGAGAAUUCAGCAACAUUAUAGAUUCUAUCACCUGUGAACAAUGCCCUCCUGAAUUCUGGUCUAAUGAGAAAAGAGAUGCCUGUGUGAAGAAAGAGACAGAGUUUCUGUCUUAUGAGGAAAUUAUGGGAUCCCUGCUCACUGGAGCAUCUUUAUUUGGAACAUGCAUGACUUGUCUUGUGGCAUGCAUUUUCUUCAGAUACAGGAAAACUCCUAUUGUCAGGGCCAACAACACUGAGCUGAGUUUCCUGCUGCUCUUCUCUUUAACCCUGUGUUUCCUGUGUUCUCUGACCUUCAUCGGCCAACCAUCUGAAUGGUCCUGCAUGCUCCGUCACACAGCUUUCGGCAUCACCUUCGUCCUCUGCAUCUCUUGUGUUCUUGGUAAAACUAUAGUGGUGUUAAUGGCCUUCAGGGCUACACUUCCAGGCAGUAAUGUGAUGAAAUGGUUUGGGCCUGUUCAACAGAGACUCAGUGUUGUGGGAUUUACUCUCAUACAGGUGUUGAUUUGUAUCCUCUGGUUAACCAUUUCUCCUCCUUUUCCUUUUAAAAACUUUAAGGAUUUCAAGGACAAAAUCAUCAUCGAGUGUGCUCUGGGCUCUGCUAUCGGCUUCUGGGCUGUACUCGGGUACAUUGGACUUUUAGCUUUGUUAUGUUUCGUUCUUGCUUUUCUGGCUCGGAAGCUGCCUGAUAACUUCAAUGAAGCCAAAUUUAUAACCUUCAGCAUGUUGAUAUUCUGUGCAGUCUGGAUCACUUUUAUCCCAGCUUAUGUCAGCUCUCCAGGGAAGUUCAGUGUUGCAGUGGAAAUAUUUGCUAUUCUGGCCUCUAGUUUUGGACUACUUAUUUGUAUUUUUAUCCCAAAAUGCUAUAUAAUUUUAUUAAAGCCAGAGAAGAAUACAAAAAAGAACAUGAUGAGUAAAUGA